AAUAAACUCAAUAACAGUUAACACAAAGCUCUUGUCAAGAUAAAGGAAACAGUUCUCCAUUAAAGAAGCGAGGCUGUCACACAGAGUAAGGCUCGAGAAGAAGUGAAAUAAUCACCAGUCAGAUGUUCAGAAAUACCAGAUAAACUCCAUCAAAUUCCCAGCUCUACGGAUCAUCUUGGGAUUGCCGGAGGAGUGACUGACAGUGACUGUGUGUACUCUGUCCUGCCCCUCUACCAUUCCCACGGCCUCGCACACGGUGGAGGGCCUAUGAUCUACACAGGAGCCACUCUCGUCAUUAGGAAAAAGUUCUCUGCCAAACACUUUUGGACCGAUAGUGCAAAGUACAACUGCACUAUGGUGUGCACGAUUGGGGAGUUGAAUCGCUACGUGUUGGCCCAACCCUCUCAACCCACUGACACACAACACAAAGUACGUCUAAUCAUAACUGCAGGGAUCAGAAAAGAGCUGUGGCUGGAGUUCCAGAAACGAUUUGAAGUGGAUCACAUUAUCGAGUUUUAUGGCUCUACUGAGAGCAACUUUGGUAUCAUCAACAUUGACAACAAGCCAGGAUCUAUUGGAGCUCUCUCACUGUUUGUACCGUCCCUUCAAAACGUCACUAUCCUGAAGCUUCAUCCUGAGACUGGCGAUUACCUAAGAGAUGAGAAUGGUUUCUGUGUCGAGUGUGGUGUGAGCGAACCUGGUGAAACUGUUUGUGAGAUUACUAAAGUCUCUCCCUUCUACGGAUAUCGAAACAAAGAGUACUCGGCAAAAAAUUCUUAGGAAUUGUUUUAUAGCAGGAGAUGCUUUUUUCAGAACUGGAGACAUUAUGCGCAUUGACGAGGAAGGUUGGGUGUAUUUCUGUGAUGGAUCUGGGGACACGUUUCGUUGGAAGGGGGAGAACGUAUCCACGGCAGAGGUUGAGACUCGUAUUGCUACUGUGUUGAAGUUGACGGAUGUGAUGGUGUACGGUGUUGAGGUGCCUGGUAACGAAGGGUGUGCUGGAAUGGCUGCCAUUGUGGGGACUCUGGUCAUGCAGGGGAGCACUCUGGCUGGAUGAGACACAGAGGAGGCACUAACUGACGACAAGAAGACAAUGUUUGACUUGUGUAAGGAGGGGAAUGAAAAGAAAUUACUAUCUCUACUCUCUGACACCAAUGUCAAUCAAACUGACCAAGAGGUGAAUAGACAGGUUAAUAAGCAAAAAUAAUGGUGAUACUUCAUUUAAAACUCACGAAAUAAUGUUGAAAAUAAUGUCGAACAUUGCUGUCUAAUCUCCUUGUAACCACGCCAUGUUUGGAAUGUCCAACUCAGAAAUUAAUGCUAAUUAUAGAAUGUGUAUUGAUCUAGAGAUGUUGUUAAGACACUUUAUGAUACAGGGGAUGGGUCUUCUUCACUGGGCCUGUGACUGUGGCAACCUGAACAUGGUGAAACUACCGUAUAGCGGGUAAUUUUCGGGGGAUAAAAUAUUCGUGGUUCAGCAAUAUUGAGACAUUUCGUGGGUAUUUAUUUUCGUGGUUGGAGCUUGCACUGCAGGUAAAGGUAGGCAAGGUUGCUUCAUUCGUGGGUAAAAUAUUCUGGUCAGACCUCCAACCACGAAAACCACGAAUAUUUUGCCCCACGAAAAUUACACGCUAUACGGUACUUGUGAAGAGGGGAGCAGAUGUUAAUAUUGAGGACACAAACAAUCAGACACCUCUUCAUUAUGGUGAAAGAUGGAGUAUUCCUUUACAGAGGGUGCUUGUGUGUUAAUACAUGUUGAAGCUAGCUGUCUGUUUGUAGAUCUUUGUUUGAGUCCAAUGCUGAAUAGUGAGGGAAGUCAGUUUGGCUGUGUAUCUAUGGUAACCUGUGAGAUCGUUUUGUAUUAAUGAUGGUGAUCGAAUAAAAUCACUAUUCUUGUGUAAUAGUCCUUAGUCCUUUGUUUGAAUAGUGUAAUUUUGAUUUUCGUGAUUGAUUGAUUUUUGAUCGUACUUCCUCUACAGCUGUGUCAUGUGAUCAUCAUGCUGUCAUCUCUUAUCUACUGCAAGUGUUCAAAGCAAGAACAGACAUUGCAGAUUGUGAUGGCAACCUACCUCAAGAUGUGACUGAGAAUCAAGCAACUAUAUAGACAACUUUUUAAUUGGUUUUUGCAUAAAUUUUGCAUAUUAUUUUCCCUUGCACUUAUAUAUAAUUAUAUGACCA